AUGACAUCCGAGGCGGCGCAGGCCCUCCAUGGCGGGGAGUAUCGCCAGUUUCUGCCCGACCUGAGCAUUCCUAGGUUUACCACGAUGCAGAAGCAGGACGCUCACGUCUACGCCAAGGCCUUCAAGGAGGGCGGCCAGCCUCCAUGGCUCCACGCUCUGUAUAUGCAUUGGCUUGAGCUGCUCAAGGAGCCCUUCAAGGGCGUCACCACUGAUGGCAAGACAAGGCCAGAUCUCUUCCAGCUCCAGGAUGAGGGCGUGCCCGUCGCCGACAUCGUCAGCGCCGCCAGCGCCGUCCUCGCCAGUCUCACGCCCGAGCAGACAGCCCGCGUCAAGUAUCACAUCGACGACCCGCAGUGGCGGACGUGGAGCAACCCCGAGUUCCUGCUGAGCGACAAGGGCAUCCGCCUGGACGAGAUCAGCCCAGACCUGCGGGACAAGGUUCUGGCCGUGCUCCAGGCCACGCUGUCGCCCGAGGGCUACCAGAAGGCCAUCGGCGCCAUGCGUGUUAACGGCUUCCUGGGCGAGCUCGUCAAGUCUCCUGCCGUCAUGAACGAGUUCAGCUACAACUUUGUCCUCUUCGGCGAGCCCUCGUCCGACCGGCCCUGGGGGUUCUCCUUCUACGGCCACCACCUGUGCCUCAACGUGUUUCUCUACAAGUCCCAGAUUGUCAUCUCCCCCUGGUUCACCGGCGCCGAGCCCAACCUCAUCGAUGAGGGCAGCUACAAGGGCACCCGCAUCCUCGAGACCGAGGAGAAGCUGGGCCUCCAGCUGAUGCAGGCCCUGCCCGCCGAGAAGCAGGCCAAGGCCCAGAUCUACAAGCUCAUGCGCGACCCGGAGAUGCCCCACGGCCGCUGGAACCACGACGACCAGCGCCAUGUCUGCGGUGCAUACCGCGAUAACCGCGUCGUCCCUUAUGAGGGCAUCCUGGUCUCCGAGAUGUCGAGCGAGCAGCAAGAUCUCGUCCUGGGGAUCUUGGACCAGUACCUCCUCUACCUCCCCGCGCAGGCCAAGAAGGUCAGGCUGGAUAACAUCAAGUCUUGGUUCCACGAGACCUACUUUUGCUGGAUCGGCGGCUACACCGACGCCGACCCCUUCUACUACCGCAUCCAGAGCCCAGUGGUCAUUGUUGAGUUCGACCACCACUCGGGCGUCUUCCUGACCAACAAGGAGCCGGCCAAGUUUCACAUCCAUACUCUACUGAGGACGCCGAAUGGCGGCGACUAUGGCGUGGCGCUGAGGCCGCUGAUCCCAGGGGUUGAGCAGGGCUUCAUCUGGCCGGGGGAAAGGGAUUAG